UUCUCAGAAUCAUGGCUGAAGAGUACAGGGACGGUCUGGGCAGGGCAAUGAAGGUGCUCAAGAUGGGCAACCUGAUGAACCCAAAGGAACUGGCCGUAAAAAUCACCUCUAGUAGGCGACCGAACAGGUUUGAAAUCCUGUUGGACCAUGUCCGUGAAGCCAGAAACAGGCAUAAGUUUAGUUGGUUAAGGGAUCUGGCCAGGGAGUUAGACAUUCUACAGUGUCACUCCCGUGAGUGGAUUUCCCAGAAUGUGAGCCGUUUGGGGCCCAUUCGUAAAUCCAAGUGGCAGGAUGCCCCACGUGAACAGAGUAGGGACAUCCGAUUAGGGACAGAUCCGGCUAUUGAACGGACUGGUGAGAAUCUCGAGUCGGUCCCUCCGGCAGAGCAGCAAUUGCUUGCUGGGGGAGAGGCUGACAGCGAGUCAGAAUCGGUUUCUUCUGGAACUGCCGAAAAGUUGUUGGGAGGUAACAGCCCAACAAAACCCUCAGGCAGUGGGAAGCCGGUUAGUUCGGUUAAGCCUCGUCCGCGUGAGCGAGACGAGAGUAAGACCCAGCACAGUGCUUCUGGGACAGGGCAGGUUCCGCAAGGCCCUGUUUCUAGAAGCCCGGCAGAGAGGGCACAAAGACCUUCUGUUCGGCAAGACAAGCCUCAGCUAGUCAUUACUGUGCCGGGUAAGGGUAAGCAGCCUGCUGGUCUGGGGAAAGGGUCCCAUGUUAAAGGCCGUUCAGUUCAGCAUACGCUGAGUGGAGAAACCCUUGCUAAGAGGCCAAAGCUGUCUUUGGGAGAAACAGGGCAACCAGGGCAUGGCCCUAGGUGUCCGGUAGGAGGAUGUGGGGCAGGUGUUAGUCGCAAACAUGCGCUUCUCUGUCAUUUGCCUGGUGUGUUUAAUCUGGCACUUUCAGGAGAUGAAAUAUCUCAACGCAGGUUAAGCGCCCUGAAGCUAUGCUGCAGGUGGCUUUUAGGAGCACAUCGGGAGCUCAGUGAUUUACUGGUUUAUAUUGAAUCGCUGAGUCCACUAUCCUCGGUUGAGCAGCCAGAUGCCUCCACUGUGCAGGCAAUGGUUGAUUUGGGUAGGACUUUGGGGGUGUCGGUUUCUAGGGACGUGAUAUUAAGACCGGAGGGUAAUGAUGUCACGGCCUUGGUGCACUGGCGCUUUCUAUUGUCAUUGAUGUCAAUGUUAGAGCGACAUCAGGUUGAGAAACUUGGACACUUAUUUCAGCUGUCCCAGGAAGAUCAACAGAAUCUCCCUAAGUUGCCUGAGGCCUUUGAUAGUCAUUGUCACCUUGACAGGACUAUGAGAGAGUGGGGGAUGACUAACCCAUCUCUGAAAGAGAUGAGUAAUCUGAACCCGCUAGAGUCUCACGAGGUUCACCUCGUGGGAGUUGUAGGGGUUUUCUGUGACCCUGAGACUUACCCUACACAGGAGGGUAUUAAAUCAUGGUCUGAACAGGGUGUCGUACCGGUCGUGGGACUCCACCCCCGGAAGGCGCUUACCGAUAAAGGGUUCAGUAAGCUGGCGGAAGUUCUCCAAUUUCCGGAGGUAGCAGGAUUGGGGGAGAUAGGUCUUGAUCGAACUGAACCUGCUGAAAAAUGGGCUGAACAGCUCCGCAAGGUUGAGCAAGUCCUGACUUUGCUGCAACCGGAGCAUGUGCUCGUUAUUCAUUGCAGAAGUUUGACAAACCUUUCAGAUGAGUCUCUGUUAACUAUGUUUUACUUGUUACAGAGUCAUCCCUCAGUCAGUAAGGAGCAGCUGAUUCACCUUCACUGCUUUACAGGGUCUUUGGACAUAUUACAGAAAUGGUUAGAAGUGUUCCCUAACACUUACGUUGGGUUCACUAGUAUGAUCUGUAAGUCCAAUGACUACCUAGACAUGCUCCGGAAACUAGAGUCUUCCCGUUUGCUCCUUGAAACGGAUGCUCCUUAUUUCAGCCCGCCACGCUGUAAAAAGUCCAAUCCCUAUAUGAUUGGAUGGGUUGCAUCCAGGGUAGCUGAGGCCAGAGGCCAAUCUUGGGGUGACCUCCUCAAGUUGGCAAGUACUAACGCAAAAAGACUGUACAUUGAGAAGCUCCCUCCAGUCUCAAUGUACGGUGAUGAGUCCGGUUAAGCCAUAGGGGCUCAACCCGGUGUACUGUGGAUGAAAUGUUCAUGGUCACCGGUAGUUGUGGUAUUGUGACUGAAAAGCCGCAAUACUAGUACUGGUUUUACCCAGGAAUCUCUCAUUAUUGAGAGUAAGAGACCAUGGCUAACUCCCAUGGUCUAAGACUACCUCCUUCUAUAGGACGGGGAGGAGUGUAGUGCCUGUCCGGUCUGGUCCGACAUACGUGAGGAUAGCCCUACCGGAAGUCGAAAAGGGUGAUUUCCUGUGGAGCGUUCCAGCCGGCUAGACGUCCUCAAUAACACAACCCAGCAUCUACAACAUCAUCAUAAUCUAAGGUUAUUGUUCAAUGUUCAUCAAGAAUCUACAGCCUGUAGUACAGCUGGCAGUAAUGUUACUCACACAAGAGAGAACUUACAGACCAACUCCAGCAAGAACAGCACAAUUACAUGUAGUACUACUACUACUAGUAGCACUUCAGACAGUUUCAGGAAUGAGGAAAAGAAACAACCUCCUGAAACAACCAACAACCUUCAAGUAUCAAAGGAUGACAAAUGUAAAGGCAGGGCCAGACGGAAAAAAGCAGUGAAGUUUGUUGGUAGAGAAAUUAUACAUCUAUGGACAGUAUGUGAAAAAAAAAGAAAACAAAGUGGUACAAGGGUAAUGUACUAGAUGUCGUUUCAGGCAAAGAUGGAGAUCCAGACGCUGUGUAUGAUGUUUUGUAUGAAGGCGAGGACAUGUCACAAGAAGUGGACGCACUAUACACUGAUUUAUGUGAUGGCUCAUUAAAAUUUAUAGAUAUUUAAGGUCCCUCAUGAGUCAUGUUCACAAAACAGCUGCUGCAGCUCCACACAAAAGAAUAUAACCUGAGUACCUGAUGAAAACUUGUUUCCAAUGCUAUCAUUUAUAUUGAAAAGAAGGAAUUGCAUUUAAAAAAUUGUAAAUCAGUCAGUUAAAAUGAAGAGAAUAUUUGUGUUAAAAAUAUGUAUUGAAUCCUUUUGAAUGAAUUGAGCGUUUUUCGCAGUUCACAGUUCACACAGCAAGAGAUGAAAACGUGUAUUUAACUUGUGGAAUUAAUGUGAUAACUUCAUGUUUGUAAAUAAAAUGAAGGCUAUAUGAUAUUUUUAUCUAAUUAAAUAGUAAACACUUGGCGUAAAGUGGUACUACAAGAAGAAGUGAAUGAAUUAUAAGGCCAGAGUCAACAGGAGAAUGUUAAUUUCAAGAUUAUACAAGUUUUUGAAAUUACAUGUGUGUGUUUAAUGUAAUUAAAUACUUAACACUUGGCAUGAAGUGGUAUUACAAGAUGAAGUGAAUGAAUUAUAAGGCCAGAAUCAAGAUGAGAAGGCUAAUUUGAAGGUUAUACAAGUUUUUGAAAUUACACCUGGGCUGUCAUACUUAAGUGUCGAAGUGGUAUUACCAGAUGAAGUGCAAAAAUUCCAGAACCAUUAUAAUUUAUUGAAAGUACGUUAAAUACUAUAGCUGAGAAGUGAAUGUUGAUGUUUUCGCUUUCCUUGAAAAUGAUUUGUGAGUUUACAGCAAAAGCCUUAAUGCUGAACAUUUUGGCAUUUUAUAGUGUUUGAAGAUUAUUUCAGCACACGUUUUGUAAAUGGGUACAUUACAGUUUGUACAGAUAGUAAUUUUUAACCUUCAGUAUAUUCAAAGAAAGAGAAAGAGUAUGAGGUAGGAACAAGUUUAAACAGAAAUGGAUUAUUUGUGAAAUAUGUCGUUUACAUUAAGGUAGCCUACAUGCACCAUGUGUACUGUUGCUCAGCAUGCUGUGAUGUUGUAUUUUGUCAAUAUUGACAAUGAAUACAUAAGUUUAUAACAUGAGUUACAGGAAAUUGACUGUAUGAAAUAAGAGCAAUUUUAAGAAAAUAGCAACAACAAUUCUGUAACAUUUAAAUACCAUUCUAACAUGGCUCGAUUUCAUUUCCAGUUAACCAAAGAUGAAAAUCAGCGUCUGUAUAUUUUGUGAGAAACAACGGUUAACACGCAGACCGGUGAGAGAGCAUUAUGACGUCAAAUUGCCGCACAACGUCUGAUACAUUACUCAUUGCGUAAAUGAAGUGCAGCAUAAUAUUAUAAUAUUUCAAUGAGCAUGUCAGAAUGAAAACAAUCAAGGCCUUCUUGUGAAUUAUUCUAUAAUUUACCACGUUCAUUGUUCAGAUGCUUUAGUAUUUAACCACUCAGUGCUAACGGCAGUGUGGUUCAAUUCUUAAGCAUCUUAACUCUGAACGUGCUUAAUUAGAUGAUAAACCACUCGGAGGCCAUGAUUAUUUGUUAAAUGAAAUCAUUUAUUAUUCGUGAAUUACAUGUAUUAACAUUUUUUGAGUAUCAUACAUCUUGCCACACCUCAACAACUUGUGAUUUUGUCUGUAUUUUAAGGUUGCCAGUGCAAAACCAUUACUUUAAAUUUACAAAGUUGAUAUAUCACUGUAAUAAUAAUAUUUAGCAAUUGCUUGAGGAUAUGUUUACUAAGUGACAGUUGUUAUAUUUAACACAUUUUUGUGUAAAGUGCAAUUGUUAUUUAAUUCUUCACAUAAAAUCAUAACUUCA